AUGCACGUCGUCGUUCACCCAGCACAAGCAGACAAAACCACAGGUACCCGUUCUCUCUUCUACCUCUUUCUCUCUCUCUCUCUCUCUCUCUCUCUCUCUCUCUCUCUCUCUCUCUCUCUCUCUCUCUCUCUCUCUCUCGACUCUCCCUCUCCCUCUCCGUCUCCCUCUCCCUCUUCCUCUCCCUCUCCCUCUCCCUCUUUCACUCCCUCUCUCUCUCCCUCUCCCUCUUUCACUCCCUCUCUCUCUCCCUCUCCCACUCCCUCUCCCUCUUCCUCUUCCUCACCCUCUCCCGGUCUCGCUCCCACUCCCUCUUCCUCUCCCUCUCCCCCUCCCCUACCCUUCCCCCUCUCCCUCCACCUCCACCUCCUCCUCCACCUCCCCCCUCCCUCUCUCUCUCCUCUCUCUCUCUCUCUCUCUCUCUCUCUCUCUCUCUCUCUCUCUCUCUCUCUCUCUCUCUCCCUCUCUCUCUCCCUCUCUCUCUCUCUCUCUCUCUCUCUCCCUCUUUCUCUCUCUGAAUCUUAUUUACUCCUUGCCUCUACGUUUUGUCUCCCCCCUUCCACCCAUGCACCCCUUUCUGGGUUUCCUGCGUCGUUUUGGCACCUCUACUUUCAUCUGACCGCCUCCUCCUGUUUGUUCUGUCCGUCUCUCCUCCUGCCAUCCCCCCUUCUUUCUUCCUUCUGUGCCUCCUUCCCCCGAUUCCUCUCCGCUCUCCGCUCUCCGCUCUCCGUCUCUCUCUCUCUCUCUCUCUCUCUCUCUCUCUCUCUCUCUCUCUCUCUCUCUCUCUCUCUCUCUCUCUCUCUCUCUCUCCCUCUCUCCUCCCUCCCUCCCUCCCUCCCUCCCUCCCUCCCUCCCUCCCUCCCUCCCCCCCCCCCCUCCUCCCUCCCUCCCUCCCUCCCUCCCCCCCCCCCCUCCUCCCUCCCUCCCUCCCUCCAUCCCUCCCUCCCUCCCUCCAUCCCUCUCUCUCUCUCUCUCUCUCUCUCUCUCUCUCUCUCUCUCUCUCUCUCUCUCUCUCUCUCUCUCUCUCUCUCUCUCUCUCUCUCCCUCCCUCCCUCCCUCCCUCCUCCGCUCUCGGUUCCUUGCACUUGUGUUCCCCCCAUCACCCCUGUUUUCCACCUCUGGCACUCCCCCUCUCUUCACCCCCCAUAUAUGUUCUAUCUGCAGCAACACAACAACCAGCUGAUGCAGCGUCAGGCAGAUGUGGUUGCACCAUUCUUUGAUCCCGCCUUCCUCCAUCAUUCCGCAAGGUCCUCCCAACUACUGGUCGAAGCCACAACUCAGUUAUGA